AUGGAAAAAGAUUUGGCUGUGUUUUUUGCAGUCUUGGCAGCCACACUACAAUGUUCUGGAAAUUUUGUGUAUCAACAAUAUCGAAAUUGUGCAAACAAUCUGGAUUUGAUACAUUCUGCUGGUGCAUCCAUUCAUUUGCAUCAAACCAAUCAACAACCAUUUGAGUCACCUCUAGAGUCAUCCAUGGGUAGUGGUUCUUCAAGUAUGGACUCGAAUCAUGACGAUUUAUUUAUUCAAGAUUUAAAGAAUAAGUGGUUCAACAAUUCUAAAGCCAUUAUUGGAAAAUAUUUUGAUGACAUGGAUGGAAUGUCUAUACCCAUUGCUUUAACAUUCCUUGUUUAUUAUCUCGUAGGAGAAGGUGACCUUCAACGUGCUCGAAUGUACACUUCAAUGAUUGAAUCUCUAUGUCAAAAAGUUUGGGGUACCAUGCAUUGUUUUGGUAUUGGUUCACGAGGUUUUGUGAAUGGAGCUAAGCCUGUGGUGAGUCAAUUAUCAAAAAUGUCAAGCAUUAUGAGUGGCAGUUCUAGUUUUGUUUCGAACAUCAUGUACGGAUUGCCUGCUUUGUUAGUGCAUCGAUAUUUGAGACCUAUUGAAAUAUUUCUGGCAGAGUUUGAAGAACCAACAAAUUCUCUCGUGAGAAAACUGCAACACAUUGGAAAUAAGAUUAGAAUUGAUUUGACAUUUAUUCAAGAUUGGGAACAUAUUCAAGACGACGAGAUGGAAGAAUUAGAUCGUCUGACGAAAUUCCUAAGCAAGUACAUUGAUUUAUUGUUCUCUACCAUGAUGAACAAGGAUUCCAUACUAUACAUUACCAGUUAUUUGAACUUCUUGGAUGUAGUUCUUGACGUCUAUGAGAGAGCAGUGACAAAGAAAACAGAAACCAUGCUCAAAUUCGCAGCAGAUGUUAUUGAAAUUACCAAACUCCCACUCUUUGUUUUCCUUCCAACGCCUUUCAUCAGUACAAUCAUUAAGGCCGUUCGAGUACGACUGAAAUAUGGUAAACCAGCUGAAAGUUUCCAUUCGUCAAUGAAUUUACGAGAGGACUUGUCAGCACUCAAGACACUCACGAGCAAGUAUCCAAUUGUGAACAAACUCUACGGUGAUUUGAUUCGAGAGGUGGAAACAGUCCUCUAUUUACAAUCAUUUUCACAGGCCACCUUGGUACAACCUCUCAUUUCGAAUAAUAACGUGAAAACAACGACCAGUACGGAUGCCAGCAGUAAUAACAAUGGAACAACAACAACAACAACGAAUCAGUCCAAUGCUGCAAAUGAUUUUGAUUUUGAAGAUGACAGUGGUUUUGAUAUAAUGAGCUUUUUGAACGAAGCUCCAUUACCCUCAUCGACUUUCAACUUUGAUGAUGAAUUGUUUGGAGAACUCUUUAGUAUGUCAAAUUUGGAUAAUAUAAGUACGACAUCCAAUGACAGUUGUGAAUCGAUUUUCAUUGACGGUGAAAAGCUGGAAAUUCCUGCUUGUGUGAAACCUGGUUCUUUCCUUCCCAUUCUCAUCAAAAAUUUGAGCAAACAAAAAGAUGUACUGCAACAAGGACACGACCGUCAUUCAGAGCCCAUUAAGAAACUGAGAAGUGAGCUCAUUGAAGAACUGACACAACAUGUUGGAACCGAUGAGAAUACGAAACUUCUCAUUCAACUCUUUACCAAACAGUACCUUCAUGCAUAA